GCUGGGAUUCCAGCCAUGCUUGCAGCUGCGAGCUCCCUGGCGGCCGCCAUCUGGGCAGUGCUCCAUCUCCGGACUCUGUUGCUGGCUGCUGUCACCUUCUUGUUCCUGGCUGACUACCUCAAAAGCCGGCGCCCCAAGAACUACCCUCCGGGGCCGCGACGCCUGCCUUUCGUGGGCAAUAUAUUGCAGAUGGAUUUGGAACAGCCGCACCUGGCGGUCCAACGGUUUGUGAAGAAGUAUGGGAAUGUUAUCAGUCUGGAUUUUGGAAUUGUGUCUUCAGUGAUUAUAAGUAGUCUGCCUUUAAUCAAAGAAGCCUUUACUCACCUGGAUGAAAACUUUAUGAGUCGCCCUAAAUUUCCUAUACAAAAACAUAUCUUUAAUGAAAAUGGGUUGGUCUUCUCCAGCGGCCAGACAUGGAAGGAGCAAAGAAGGUUCGCUCUGAUGACACUGAGGAACUUUGGGUUAGGAAAGAAGAGCCUAGAGCAGCGCAUACAGGAGGAAGCCAGACACCUUGUGGAGGCCAUAAAAGAGGAGGGAGGACAACCUUUUGACCCUCACUUCAAGAUCAACAAUGCUGUUUCCAAUAUCAUUUGCUCUGUCACUUUUGGUGAGCGUUUUGAGUACCAUGACAGUCAGUUUCAGGAGCUGCUGAAGCUACUGGAUAAGGCCAUGUAUUUGGGUUCCUCAAUAAUGGUCCAUUUCUAUAACAUCUUCCCAUGGAUAAUGAAACAUCUUCCUGGACAACACCAAACAACGAUAGCUACCUGGAGAACACUGAAAUCAUAUAUUUCUGAUAUUAUUGACAAUCACCGCAAAGACUGGGACCCUGAUGAGCCAAGAGACUUCAUUGAUGCUUUCCUCAAGGAAAUGACAAAGUACCCAGGCAAGACUACUACAAGUUUCAAUGAAGAAAACCUCAUCUGCAGCACUCUGGACCUCUUCCUCGCUGGAACAGAGACAACAUCUACAACACUGCGCUGGGCUCUGCUCUACAUGGCCCUCUACCCAGAAGUCCAAGAAAAAGUACAGGCUGAAAUUGACACAGUGAUUGGUCAGGAGAAACAGCCCAGCCUGACUGACAGAGACUCCAUGCCCUACACCAAUGCUGUUGUCCACGAGGUACAGAGAAUGGGAAAUAUCAUCCCUCUGAAUGUUCCCAGGGAAGUGACAGCUGACACUACAUUGGCUGGAUUCCACCUGCCGAAGGGGUCUGUACUCCAUAUCAAUUUGACUUCUCUGCACAUGGACCCCAAAGAAUGGGCAACCCCAGACAUCUUCAAUCCAGAACACUUUUUAGAGAAUGGACAGUUUAAGAAGAGAGAAUCUUUUCUGCCGUUCUCAAUGGGAAAGCGAGCUUGCAUUGGAGAGCAAUUGGCCAGGUCUGAGCUAUUUAUUUUCUUCACUGCUCUUGUGCAAAAAUUUACCUUCAAGCCGCCAGCCAAUGAGAAGCUGAGCCUGAAGUCCAGAGUGGGUAUCACCAUUUCCCCAGUCAGCCACCACCUCUGCGCUGUCCCUAGACUGUGAUGUCAGAGACAGAACAAGAAAGAAGGGCAAAAAAAAAAAAAAAACUGAGGGAUCCUCUGAGCCACUGGGCCCACCCACACAUGAAGGAAGAGAUGGAUGAUAACUGAGGAAAGAUGAUGGGAGGAUUAUGCUAAAGUCAUUGGAUCCAUGUCCUGGAUGCUGUGACCUCUAAAUUGGUGGUGGAUAAAUCACAUAUAUCUUUUCAUCUAAGACUUGCAAAGAGGAUGAUGGUUUCUCCUGUAAAGAAAGUGCUUGUAAACAUGAAAUAGCAUUGGGACCACUGAGUCAUAUCAUAA